ACUUAUUAAAUAGGUUUGAAAUGACUGUAUUUUGAACAAAUGACUUCACUUUUAUGGAACAAAACAAUGAUUUGAGCCACCAAAGAACUGAGUGUUCUGAAAAAGGUGCAGAAGUUUUCUCUUAUUUGCUGGGAAAAGCCUUGCGAUAUGACAACAAUGAAAAGUUUCUUGAGGUAUAUGACAGUCUUCCGAGAAGUUACACAGAUAAAUUAGUCCAGGACAUAAAAGAGCAAGCUAGAAUCAUCAGUGAAUUAUGUGAAGAUGAAUUUGACAAUUUGUCACAACGUUUGAAUAGCCAACCUGAAAACAAAGACAUUCACAUCUCCCCAGCCAUGAGCGAUAGUGAGCGAAACGGACGUUUCACCAGUCACCCCGAAUCCCGAGAAUCCUCACCUGGCUCGAGCAGUCCAUCGGCGUCGGCCAAAGAAGUUUCGGACAUCAUGAACAACAACACUGACACUCAAUAUUCUGCUGAAAAACUGCCGAAUAAAGAAGACGAAAUAAUAAACAAGAGUUUUGCAUGCGCAAAAUUGGAAACAGUCUGCAACCUUCCCACUACAGGAGCUGAUGUCCACGCGAGGAAAGAGUCGCAGUCAUCUGGUGUCUAUGAAAGCUGUGACGAAAAUACCUCCACUACUGCUGCCAACGUACAAAAACCACCCAAGACCAAAAAGAAGAAAAAGAAAAGUAAAGGAAAGAAGCAGGGCGGCGCUUCCCUUGAUCUCAGGCAAAGCGAGAAAGAAGUUGACGGAACAAUGAAUAACGCCAACGAUGACUCAUCAUCAAUGCCUAGUUCUAUGAGCAACAUGAGCGAGAUCGAUGAUAAAAAUGUCCAGAGUCCCGUUACUAAUACAGUUUCUCCAUCAUCUAUCCACAUAUCAGCAAUCGUAGCCGCCACUGAGAAUAUCAGUAACAUUUCAAACCAACAUAACGAUCUAAAUUCCCCCAACAAUCAACAAAUGUCAAGUUAUAACUUGAACAUCAAAGUUAGCUCAGAUGAAGUUGUUCCUGAAAUAGUGCUGCCGAGUCAAGAAGGUAUCUCAGCGAGUCCAGAAAAUCUGCAAGAAGGUGCCUUUGCAUUUGAUGAUUCUGAACAGUUCCACAACGCCGAGGAGUUCCAACAAGUCAAAACUCGCAACAGAUCCAGAAUAACACAGCCUGCGAAAGAUAAUUCGAAUCAACGAAAGAGCGCAGCUGCUAAAGCUAAGGGAGGCUCAGCUUUGAGAAAUGGAAUUAUAUCCCCGGUUAGCUCCGUCGCCAGUUCAACAUCAUCAAGUAACGUUCAGAACUCAUCGCAAGCCAUACCUUCAAAUGGUGCUACAUCAACAAGCGAACCUGACCACUUCUCGUACGCCAACAGACUAAAGAACACUUUACAUCCCAACAGUGUUCCCAAACCCAACUCUAGCGUUCAAAUAAACAGCAGCACUGAUUGUGUUAAACCUAAAACCAGUGCCGUCGAUUCUAAAAAAUCCAAUGGUGCGUCUGGCGCAGCUUUAACCAAAGAUAGCCUUAAGCGACCGAAAAGUGUCGCAGAUAACGAAAUCACUAGUCUGACUAAUGGAAAUAGUUUGGGAAAUGCAGAGUAUUGUGAUACCAUUGCUCCUUCAAAAGUAACUGCUAGAUCCUCUACUUCACCAAACAAAGUCAAGGAUAGUCCUAUUAAAUCUGGCAUGAAAUCGGAAAAGAUUUCCAAAUUGAAAGUUGGCUCUUCAAAUUUGAGCAAAUCUAAAGAAACACUCAAUGGAAGCGAAGUUAAUCAUGAUAUGUCGUUAAAGUUUGAUCAAUACGAGGCGAACAAUUUGAGAGCAAAUAAUGUCUCAAAUUCAGAUUAUUUACCGUCGUGUUCAAACGAAGCAAAUCAUGUUGACGCCAUUUCUAAUGAGUCGCGCAAUGAAAAACCACAAGUUGAACUAAAACAAUCAUAUUCAUUUGAUUCAACAAGUAAAAUUUCCUCUGUUAAUACACAGUCGAAAAUACAACAGAAUCCAUCACACUCGUCCAAGCCAGAAUCGUCAUGCAAUGCCAGCAGAAGCAAUCGUUUAUCACAACCUCUAGCCGAGCCAAGUACCAGAAACCUUCAACAAAAUAAGGACAAAGCAGUCUCAGCGAAUUUCGAAGUCAAACAGUCUGACACGAUUCCAAAAAUGCCUAGCCUGAACCCAAUCCACCAAAAUGCUACAGCAGAGAAAGUGGCACAGCAGAAAGGUCAUCGUGUUUUGCUUGAAUCAUCAGGAACUGUCAACGCUAAACCAGGGUUCUCCUUAGGCCGAAAUGGUGGCAAUGAGAGGGCUAGCAAGAUAACCCAGUUGCAGUUUGGCGAACUGGACAUUAAAAAAGUAGAUGCUGUGAAACUGGGAGAUUUUGAUCUUUUCGAAGCAACCGCUCUUCUUGCCAAAUCAUGGGAGGCUUGGAACAGUCGUGAAACUACAGACAAAGAAUGGUUCAAAUUGCCUCAAAGUGAAACUGCUUCAUCUGACGGAGGCCCAACUUCUCCAGAAAGCUCCAAUCAUCAAUGACACUUCCUUCUGAUCCUACUUUUUUACACAGCAUUGCCUUACUGUUCUUUCUACACGGCGUUGGCUAUUCAUCGUUAUAGUCCAGUGUUGUGCGACCUCAAUUUAGAGUCAUUUCUAGUACGGAUUGACGAUUGCGUCUCCAAAAUUGGAGUCAAUUUUAAAUGCAAAUAAAAGUAAAAAUCCAAUGAGCCCAACAAGAUUGAAUGCCGCCGUAUCGUCCCCUAUGAGAAGAUUCAGAAGAUGUUCAUUGACAACAAAAUGACUAGUAGCUUUUAAAACUUUAAAGUUUUGAAAUCAUUUCCUGUCACUGUAAUAAUACUCAAGCGUGCCUUUUAAUUUGAACAUAUUUCCAUGCUCAAAUCAAAAAGUUAUAAAAAUUAUAGAACUGAAACUGAUCGUUUUGUCCUUCAUUACAACUUCGCUCAUUACAAUACAGUGCUACUUUGAAUGUUCAAAAAAAGAAAUCCUGUAAGUAAAUUUUAAUACUGGACAUGAAGCAAGAAUUCAGUCGGCCGGUCCCUAGAGAUGACUGGACCUCACUCGUUCUUUCCUUAAUUCGUCAAUUCGUAUUAUUUAAAUCUGUAAUAACUAAUCUCCUCAAUGUCACUAAGUUCUCACAUGUUCUUGUAACCGAAUGUCGUUUUCGAUCUCAAUGCACUAAAUAAACAUGCUGCUUUCUCUAGAUAAAGUUGGUAUUCAUAAACUAUGACUGAGUUAAGGCAACUUUUUUGAAAGAAAUUGUGUUUUUUGUUGAAUCGGUGCUCUUUUGAUAUUUUCACCAUAAUCAUUUGAUGAUGUUUUUAUCUCAAGCAAAGAACGCGCUGAAAAGAACAUUGGUUUUCAUCCUCUCUCCAAGCUCAACAAGUCUUUUGUUUGUUUUGAUUGUGAAAACCAGUGUUAGCGUGAAAUUAAUGUUCGGAGCUAUGUAGAUUCUUUUAAAAAUCUCCACAGAUGCAAAGUUGGUAAUUUUUUUUAUACCGACCAAGGAAAUUCAAAAACAAAUUGCUUAAAUGAAAAGUAUUAUUGAAGUUCGGUAACCUGUUCUCGCUCGACUCACAAAGCCUAAACUUGAGACAUCUUUUAAUUCACAGAAGUUUUAAUCAAAUUUCGAACGAAAUGUUUGCUGAGAACAGCUUUAUCGACAUUUGAGACAACAUGGUUGAUAUAGCAAUAAAGUAAAUCAUCAGCAAUCUCGAAUUCAAUGCAAAUAUGAAGAUUCCGAAUUGAAUUAGUCUAUUUUA